AUCCGAGCCUCUGGGAUGGACACGAAUAACAGGAAAGCCGUGCUGGUGGUCCUCCUCCUCCUCCUCUCCAAGUCGACCUCCGGAGCCAACCCUAUGUCCGAGUGUUGCCGUCAUCCCUCCCCCUCCUGCCGGCUCUACCUGCUCCUCUGUGGUCCCGCCGGUCUCAAAGCCGGAGACGCCGCGGCCGGGAUACUCACUCUAGGAAAGCGCUCCGAGGAGGAAUUUCGUUUACAAAACCGACUCAACCACCUCCUCCACGGACAAAGGAACCAGGCAGCGGGAAUACUCACCAUGGGGAAGAGGAUAGUGCAGCGGGACUGGAUGGGACAAGCCGGAAUAUCCACAACGCUUCCGGUUUAAAGUGAAAUUAAAAACGGACCUUGUAAACUCCAUUUGGUGAUGUAAAAAUGUACCAAUUCUGUAUU